UAUGCAAAAAGGGUUUGGCAAAUGAGAAAGAGGAGAUUCAAAGUGAGUAUAAAAAGCCUCUUCGCCCAUCCGUACGUUUCCCUUCCCCCACCCCCCACUCGCUCUCCGUGCUGUUCUUGAGUUGAUUGAUAAGCUGUGGCUUUUUGAGAGGGAGGGAGAAAGGUAAUUAUGAGGGGUUCGGGUCUGGAUCUAUUCGACCCGAGGUCCACCGUCAUCGCCUCCGCCUACACCUCCUCGCGGGCCGGAAGCCGAGACCCCGACUUCGGGUUCGCCUUCAACGACAGCAAUUUUUCCGACAGGGUUCUCCGGAUCGAGAUUGUUGCGGAUCCAAUGGAGGCCCGACCAGAAUCCAAGGCGUCACAAACCCUAGCGGACUGGGCCGCGCGCAAAAGCAAACGGCGUCGUGGGAAUGUUGCGAAAAAGGAGAAUGACAUGUGCCACUCGUUUGCAGCUUUGGAUAUCAACAAUUUUCCUGAAGAGCAGAUUUUGGAUUGUCAGCCGGAUGCUGAAGAGGGUGAUGGUGAUGAGAAUCAUGAUGAAGAAGAAAUUCCCACGACCGAAGAUUCACCAUCAGGAGAUGAAGCUGCACUCAGUGAUGAUUCAAACUGGUCCGGAGAUGGUUCAAGAGUUUUAAGAGUUAAAACCUUGCAUAUUAGCUCUCCCAUCUUAGCGGCAAAGAGUCCCUUUUUCUAUAAGUUGUUCUCAAACGGUAUGAUGGAAUCCGAACAGAGACAUGUAACCCUGAGGAUUCAUGCCUCUGAGGAAGCUGCACUCAUGGAACUCCUUAAUUUUAUGUAUAGCAGUACAUUAAGCAUCAAUACAGCUCCUGCUUUAUUGGAUGUGCUUAUGGCUGCUGACAAGUUUGAGGUAGCUUCAUGCAUGAGACAUUGCAGUCGUUUAUUAAGAAACUUGUCCAUGACUCCAGAGUCGGCAUUACUAUAUCUGGAUCUUCCUUCUAGUGUUCUAAUGGCUGAUGCAGUUCAACCACUGACUGAGGCAGCAAUACAAUUCUUAGCUUCUCGUUAUAAAGAUAUGUCAAAGUAUCAAGAUGAAGUUAUGGAUUUGCCUCUGGCUGGAGUUGAGGCAAUAUUGUCCAGCGAUGAUCUUCAGGUGGCCUCAGAGGAUGCUGUUUAUGACUUUGUGCUCAAGUGGAGUAGAACCCAUUAUCCAAAGCUGGAGGAGCGAAGGGAUGUCCUUUGUACACGACUGGGUCGCUAUAUCCGAUUUCCUCACAUGACUUCAAGGAAGCUGAGGAAGGUUUUGACGUGCAAUGACUUCAAUCAUGAUUUUGCAACUAAAGCCGUGCUUGAUGCCCUAUUUUUCAAGGCUGAGGCCCCCCAUCGCCAGAGAGUGCAUGCCGUUGAGGAGGAGACAACCUCCGCAAGCCGUCGCUUCAUUGAGCGGGUAUACAAAUACAGGCCCGUUAAGGUGGUUGAGUUUGAAUUCCCACGCCACCAAUGUGUCGUUUUCUUAGAUCUUAAACGUGAAGAAUGUGCUAAUUUGUUCCCAUCUGGACGGGUGUAUUCUCAAGCUUUCCACUUGGGUGGGCAAGGGUUCUUCCUGUCUGCACAUUGUAACAUGGAUCAACAGAGCUCGUUUCACUGUUUUGGUCUUUUCCUUGGGAUGCAAGAAAAGGGUUGCGUAACAUUUGCUGUUGACUAUGAAUUUGCAGCCAGAUCAAAACCAACAGAAGACUUCAUUAGCAAAUACAAAGGUAACUACACUUUUACUGGUGGAAAGGCAGUUGGGUAUCGAAAUUUGUUCAGCAUUCCAUGGACUUCUUUCAUGGCUGACGACAGUAACUAUUUCAUCAAAGACAUGCUCCAUCUUAGAGCUGAGCUUAGCAUCAAAUUUCAAACAUAAUAAAUAGAGAGCGGAAGAAAUCCUUGAAUCUUGUUACCUUAUAUGUCAUUUAUGGAAGAAACAGGCGGCCGGUGUUUCGUCUUCUGAUUGAUUACUAACUUGAAGUGCUGACUGUACAUUUGCUGCAUUUAACAUCUACAGAUCAUGAGGAUUACCAAGCUGUAAAUAGGGUGAUUGUGUUUCCUUAGUUCUGAGGGUUGCUUUAGGCUUCUGCAGGGAAACUUACGAUGUGAUUUUGUCCUUAUUUUGUGCAAUCAAAGCUUGGGAAAAUCUCAUUCCUCAUA